AUGAAGCUUUCAAGCUUAAGUCAAAGAAGUCCCCCAGGGGAGCGCAUGCCAGCUGAUACAAAAACAAGGAUCUCAGGUAGCUCUGACAUCAUGGAGGUGGGGUCCUCACAGACCGAAACCCCCAGGCUUUCAGUGCCAGAUGAGCUCCAGCACCCCUACUCAAAGUUCUCUGACUGGAAGUUCAAGCUGUUCCGGGUCAAAUCCAUGGAGAAAGCACCUCUGCCAGCAGAUGCCCAAUUGGUCAAACACCUGCUCCCACAGGUGGCCAUCUCCCCUCCCCCAGCAAAGGUGGAGGCAGCUGGCUUGGAAGUGGGGCAUGCUGGGAGCGUGAUGAGACUGUGUCUGGGGGGGAAGACAAAGGAGAGCGUGGAAGGGGCAGGACGGCGCGUGGACCUAAAGCUGCUGGAGAUCGACACCCACAUGAACCACCUCAGGAGUCUGUGCCGACUCUGCGGCUUAGCCUUGCGUAAGGCUAAGGGUGGACCAGAACAUGAGGUCCAGGCUGUUCUGGAUGAUGCAAGUAGGAACUCACUGCGCAGGAUGGGGUGCAAGGCAACUAGCUGGCCUGAGGUCAUCCUGAAGGUCUUCAAAGUCGACGUUGCGGGAGACAUGGAGACCGUUCAUCCCCCGUUCUUUUGUCACCUGUGCUGGAAGACGGCCAUCAGAGGAGGGGGGUUCUGCUGCUUCUCCGGGAUCCGAGUCCCACAGUGGAGGCCCCACUCAAACCUCUGUCAGCUCUGCUCCCCAAGAAAGACCUCCUUUAAGAGGAAAGCGAGAAAGCGCUGCAAAUCCCCCCGAGCUGCCCCCCACCUAGCUAAGAGGAUCAAGUCAGACCAUCAUGACCGCAGUGGUGUGGGGGUAAACAGGGGGUGCAGACCAGUGGACCAAGCGGCUGUUGGGCGGGCCCGGCUCAGGUCUGGCUUUCAGAGGGCCCUGUGGGUCAAAAACAUCACCUGCUGCAAGAACAUCCACCUCACCUCCAGCCUGCUCCUGGAGGAUCUCCCGGCGGACUUCCUCCGUGCCAUUACCUGCCAGGUGUGCGACCACCUGCUGGCCGACCCUGUCCAGUCUCCCUGUAAGCAUCUCUUCUGCCGCACCUGCAUCCUGAAGUACAAUCGUGCCCUGGGCCCACACUGCCCAGCCUGCACCCUUCCCUGCCCCCUGUCUGAGCUAACCAGCCCCACCAAGGCCUUCCUGGGGGUCCUCCAUAGCCUUGUCCUCCAGUGUCCUGAGCAGGCAUGUAGAGAGCAGGUGAGGUUGGAUGCUUUCAGGGAUCACACCCUUGGCCACUGUGAGAAUGACGAGGAAGGACUUGCUAAAGGGCAGCCCUUUGACAGCUAUCUGCCCGUGAACAGAGGAGGCCGCCCCCGGCAGCACCUGCUGUCCCUGACUCGCCGGGCUCAAAAGCACCGGCUCAAGGAGCUCAAGACUCAUGUGAAGAUGUUUGCUGAGAAGGAGGAGGGUGGGGAUGUCAAAUCUGUCUGUCUCACUCUUUUCCUGCUAGCGCUCCGAGCGGGUAACGAGCACCGGCAGGCAGAUGAACUUGAGGCUAUGAUGCAAGGCUGGGGGUUCGGCCUGCAUCCUGCAGUGUGCCUGGCCAUCAGAAUCAACACCUUCUUGAGCUGCAGCCAGUACCAUAAGAUGUAUCGUACAGUGAAGGCCACCAGUGGGCGCCAGAUCUUCCAGCCCCUCCACACACUGCGAAAUGCAGAGAAGGAGCUGCUUCCUGGGUUCCACCCCUUCGAGUGGCAGCCGGCACUCAAGAAUGUGUCCAGUGCCACUGAGGUGGGCAUCAUUGAUGGGUUGUCGGGGUGGAUGGCCACUGUGGAUGACUCACCUGCAGACACCAUUGCCCGGAGAUUCCGGUACGAUGUGGCUCUGGUAGCUGCAUUGAAAGAUCUUGAGGAAGACAUCAUGGAGGGCCUGAGAGAGAAUUGCUUGGAGGACUGUGCCUGCACAGGCGGGUUCUCUGUGGUGAUCAAGGAGUCUUGUGAUGGGAUGGGGGAUGUCAGUGAAAAGCACGGGGGUGGGCCUACCGUCCCCGAAAAAGCAGUGCGGUUCUCCUUUACGGUGAUGUCAGUGUCCAUCCAGCUUGAAGGCAGGGGUGAGCAGAUCACAGUGUUCCGGGAGAUGAAGCCUAACUCUGAGCUGAGCUGUAAGCCACUGUGCCUGAUGUUCGUUGAUGAGUCAGACCAUGAAACACUGACUGCCGUGCUGGGGCCUGUGGUGGCAGAGAGGAAUGCUAUGAAGGAGAGCCGGCUCAUCCUGUCCAUUGGAGGGCUCCCACGCUCCUUCCGCUUCCACUUCCGAGGCACGGGCUAUGAUGAGAAGAUGGUGAGGGAGAUGGAGGGCCUGGAAGCUUCAGGAUCCACCUACAUCUGUACCCUGUGUGACUCUACAAGGGCUGAAGCCUCCCAGAACAUGGUGCUGCACUCCAUCACCAGGAGCCAUGACGAGAACCUGGAGCGCUAUGAGAUCUGGAGAACAAAUCCCUACUCUGAGUCUGCCGAGGAGCUGCGUGACCGGGUCAAAGGUGUCUCAGCCAAGCCCUUCAUGGAGACCCAGCCUACACUGGAUGCACUGCACUGUGAUAUUGGCAAUGCCACUGAGUUCUAUAAGAUCUUCCAGGACGAGAUUGGUGAGGUCCACAUGAAUAGCAAUCCCAGCCGCGAGGAGAGACGAUGCUGGAGGUCUGCUCUCGACAAGCAGCUCAGGAAGAAGCUGAAGUUGAAGCCAGUGAUGCGGAUGAAUGGGAACUAUGCCCGGCGCCUGAUGACCCGAGAGGCAGUGGACGCAGUAUGUGAGCUGGUGCCCUCCGAUGAGCGUAGACAAGCCUUGAAGGAGCUGAUGGAGCUCUACCUGCAGAUGAAGCCCGUCUGGCGCUCUACUUGCCCCGUGCAGGAAUGUCCAGACCAGCUCUGCCGCUAUAGCUUCAACUCCCAGCGCUUUGCUGAGCUCCUCUCCUCCACCUUCAAGCACCGCUAUGAUGGCAAGAUCACCAACUACCUCCACAAGACCCUAGCCCACGUGCCUGAGAUCAUUGAGAGGGAUGGCUCUAUUGGGGCAUGGGCCAGCGAGGGGAACGAGUCUGGGAACAAGCUAUUCCGCCGCUUCCGCAAGAUGAACGCCCGGCAGUCCAAGAGCUUUGAGUUGGAAGACAUUUUGAAGCACCACUGGCUCUACACAUCUAAAUACCUGCAGAAGUUCAUGGAGGCGCACAAAAACUCAGCCAAAGCCAUGCAGGCCACCAUUGACCCUGUGGAAACACAGGAUGAUGGUGAGAUAGCGCUGGAUCCCAUGGAGUCCAUGGACUUCUGA